GGGCUGGCUCUGGGCUCGAGUAGGAAGCGUCUGCACUCGGGAGGCGGCGGCGACUUUGGGGAAAGUUGACCGGAGAGGGGAGCAAGCCCCAAGGCGCGCGGCAGCGGCAGGAAGGCGGCCCGGCGGCCCGGAGGAGCAUGGGCACCCUGCGGGAUUUACAGUACGCGCUCCAGGAGAAGAUCGAGGAGCUGAGGCAGCGGGAUGCCCUCAUCGACGAGCUGGAGCUGGAGUUGGAUCAGAAGGACGAACUGAUCCAGAAACUGCAGAACGAGCUGGACAAGUACCGCUCGGUGAUCCGGCCGGCCACCCAGCAGGCGCAGAAGCAGAGCGCCGGCACCUUGCAGGGCGAGCCGCGCACCAAGCGGCAGGCGAUCUCCGCCGAGCCCACCGCCUUCGACCUCCAGGAUCUCAGCCAUGUGACCCUGCCCUUCUACCCCAAGAGCCCACAGUCCAAGGAUCUCAUAAAGGAAGCUAUCCUUGACAAUGACUUUAUGAAGAACCUGGAGCUGUCGCAGAUCCAGGAGAUUGUGGAUUGUAUGUACCCAGUGGAGUAUGGCAAAGACAGUUGCAUCAUCAAAGAAGGAGAUGUGGGGUCACUGGUGUAUGUCAUGGAAGAUGGUAAGGUUGAAGUUACAAAAGAAGGUGUGAAGCUCUGUACCAUGGGGCCAGGAAAAGUGUUUGGCGAGUUGGCGAUUCUUUACAACUGUACCCGGACAGCGACCGUCAAAACUCUUGUAAAUGUGAAACUCUGGGCCAUUGAUCGACAAUGUUUUCAAACAAUCAUGAUGAGGACAGGACUCAUCAAGCAUACCGAGUAUAUGGAAUUUUUAAAAAGUGUCCCAACAUUCCAGAGCCUUCCUGAAGAGAUCCUCAGUAAGCUUGCGGAUGUCCUUGAAGAGACCCACUAUGAGAAUGGGGAAUACAUCAUCAGACAAGGUGCCCGAGGGGACACCUUCUUUAUCAUCAGCAAAGGAACGGUGAAUGUCACUCGGGAAGACUCACCCAGUGAAGACCCAGUCUUUCUUCGAACUUUAGGGAAAGGUGACUGGUUUGGAGAGAAAGCCUUGCAGGGGGAGGAUGUGAGGACAGCAAACGUAAUUGCCGCAGAGGCUGUGACCUGCCUUGUCAUCGACAGAGAUUCUUUCAAGCAUUUGAUUGGAGGACUGGAUGAUGUUUCCAAUAAAGCCUAUGAGGACGCAGAAGCUAAGGCAAAAUAUGAAGCCGAAGCUGCUUUCUUCGCCAACCUGAAGCUGUCUGACUUCAACAUCAUCGACACCCUCGGAGUCGGAGGCUUCGGACGAGUGGAGCUGGUCCAGUUGAAAAGUGAAGAAUCCAAAACCUUUGCCAUGAAGAUUCUCAAGAAACGCCACAUUGUGGAUACAAGACAGCAGGAGCACAUCCGCUCGGAGAAGCAGAUCAUGCAGGGGGCGCAUUCCGACUUCAUAGUGAGAUUGUACAGAACUUUUAAGGACAGCAAAUAUUUGUACAUGUUGAUGGAAGUGUGCCUGGGUGGAGAGCUCUGGACCAUUCUCAGGGAUAGAGGUUCAUUUGAAGAUUCUACGACCAGAUUUUACACAGCAUGCGUGGUGGAAGCCUUUGCCUAUCUGCAUUCCAAAGGAAUCAUUUACAGGGACCUCAAGCCAGAAAAUCUCAUCCUGGAUCACAGAGGCUACACCAAGCUGGUUGAUUUUGGCUUUGCAAAGAAAAUAGGAUUUGGAAAGAAAACAUGGACUUUCUGUGGGACUCCAGAGUACGUAGCUCCAGAGAUCAUCCUGAACAAAGGCCAUGACAUCUCCGCUGACUACUGGUCACUGGGAAUCCUGAUGUAUGAACUUCUGACUGGCAGCCCACCUUUCUCAGGCCCAGAUCCUAUGAAAACCUAUAACAUCAUACUGAGGGGGAUUGACAUGAUAGAAUUUCCAAAGAAGAUUGCCAAAAAUGCUGCUAAUUUAAUUAAAAAACUAUGCAGGGAUAACCCAUCUGAAAGAUUAGGGAAUUUGAAAAACGGCGUGAAAGACAUUCAGAAGCACAAAUGGUUUGAGGGCUUUAACUGGGAAGGCUUGAGAAAAGGCACCUUGACACCUCCUAUAAUACCAAGUGUUGCAUCGCCCACAGACACAAGCAAUUUUGACAGUUUCCCUGAGGACAAUGAUGAACCGCCACCUGAUGACAACUCAGGAUGGGACAUAGACUUCUAAUGUAUUUCUCUUACCUGCUUCUGCCUUGCUGAAGUCAGCUUUUUCUGAGACACAGCUGCCAGCAAACCUGAGGGAUGGAGAGAAGAUUAGUGCUCGGGGUCACCAUGAUGCCUUUGAUCGAUGCUGCUCCGGUAACUACAGUGGCAUUAGGACUUUUGCUUAGAUGACAGUAGUGCUCUUUACAUGUUUUCUGUUUGAUCCUAAAAAUAGCAGUUGCCAUGGUGGUCCUGAAGCAAAGCCUUUCACACCAGUAAAGAGAUGUCUUCUAUUGUUGCGAUGAUCUUGCUUUGCUCUGACUAUAAUUUGAAAGACAGUCAGAAACACUUCAACCUAGUAAAAGAGUCUGUACCUUGCUAGAAUUAUCAAGAAGAUCAAAAAACAAUAUAUUGGGUACGAUAGAUGACCGUGGUACAAAAACUGGGCUCUUCCCUUCCUUCUGGUGAGGUUGUAGGAUACGUUCGCGCAAGCCGGUGUCCACACCACCCAGAAGAGGGCCACGCAUCUGUUGGUCACAGAGGUCAUGUCAAAGCAGUGCUAGAAGUAAGUUUCAUGAUUUAAUUUCCCAGCAGUGCUGAUGACGAGACUGAAUGUUACCUUUCCUUUCUGACAGAUUUUAAAAAUUGAUACGCUAAAAGCACAACUGCUAUAGAUUCUGCUGAGAACUCUCAUAGCAGGCAUAUAUGCAUUUUCACAGACGAUUGAAAAACCAACAUGCAUGAUAUUUGUUUCUUUUUUUGAUAAAUUGGCAUGACAGAGUGGGAAAAAAAAGCAACUCACAAACCAUUUCAUAUCUUUUAAAACCUUGUGCUUCAAGAUGGUCCUGGAAAUAAAUGACUAGCAGCCAACUGAUUUUUAUUUAUUACUUCACAUGCCCUCAGACUGAGGCUUAAAAUAUUCCCUUUUAUAAAAAGAAACCCUUGGGGGGUAGGGGCAGGGUGGGGUGGAGAGGGACUAAGAUCCAUCCAAAAAUAAAAAUAAAAAACUAUAUAGGUGCUAUGUAUAUCUUUCAUCUGUAAACGUCCGUGUCUGAGCAGAUAAUGCAAAUUCUAACCAUCACCUGUGUAGCCAGAGACUCAAGCAUUCUUCACUACAUUUACCAACCAAACUCCCAUUAGAUUUCACGUACUCAACAUAGCCUAGGGUUGAGGGGGAAAGGUGAUUAAAACCCAUUCAACUGGCUUCUUGUCUUAGGCCUGAACCAAAAAAGAAGAAGAGGAAAGCACAAAAUCAUUGAGAUUCACCAGAUGAGGAGGCUUGCUUAUGUGCAGUCAGGGAACAGGACCAGACCUAGCCAGGUGUUGUCUACCUUUCGGUGAAUGAGCCAGGGUGAGUUCAUGCACAUGUGAGAGGAAGGGAGUAGAGAACAGAACAGGACCCUGAUUUCUCAAACAUGAAUUUUAGCUAAGUAGGACAUAUUACAAUCCUGAACUGUAUCUGAAAAUACCAAACUUAUUUGCUUUUUUCAUGAGGGGUAAAGAAUCAGCAGCCUAAACAGAGUCCUUUGUUGGCAGGCGAGUUGACUAUGAUUAGCUGUCCUCAGUAGCAGACCGUUUGGAACUGUUCUACCUGCGUAAACAAAUGUAUAAUCUUCUGAGCUGUCAUCCUGAUUUGGAACAGUGUGUGAAUUUGGUAUGUUAAAAAAGUUGAAGGUUUCUUUUUUCCAGUAUAAAGUUGUUUUUUUUUUAAGUCAAUGAAACAUAAACAUUUCUGCAAAAAAUACGUCCACACAGGUCAUCAUACCAUAUCCAAGAAGGCAUAUAUUGUGAUUUCUGUUUGAAUUUUUCAUACCAAGACUACUUUAGAAUAUGGUAUCAAAACAUAAUCUAAGAAACAUUCGGGGAAUAAAAAUACUAAAGGCUUACUAUAUAUAAUCGGAAUAAAGUUACAUUAAAAGUUUGAACCCAAGAUGUGACUUUUCUUCUCGUGUUAGAGUUUUCCCUCCCUUACAAAUAAUUGCUUAAGAUCAAUUUACUCCCCAAGAUACCCACUUUCUUCUACAGAUUUCAGAAUAUAAAAUUAAACCUAUCAACCUAAAAUCCAGCUAUGAAUGCUAUUUCAGAAUUUUCAUAUUGCUUUUAACCGGGCUUUUAAAAGUAAAUAAUUUCAAUAUCACAGUCACUGUUAACAGUGAUUUUUGUUCAAAGAUAGAUAGAGUGGUUUAGGCAUGCUAAAGGUUUGCCAGCGUAUUAAGUUUAUCUAGUCAUUAAGAGAAUCUGCUCCUGCAAUUUUUCAAAUGCUCCAAUAGCCCAAGAGCUUAGUGCUUACUGUGGUUCAAGUCUAAGACAACAAUGUACAAGUUCUCUGAGGAAUGAAGAGGUAGCAUCCAGCUCAAUGGAACUGUCGGCCAUUUUUCCCACUUGUUAGCACAUCUUUGUUACAUUUCACCCAUGGCAUUGCAUUAGGGUGUCUAAAGCAAUCACUAACAAAGGUGAGCUACAGCUUCCAAAAAUUGCUAAGAGAAAACAGUCCUCUAAUCUUCAGCAUUGAAAUUUAAGGAUUUAAAUCUUGUCUUAAUGAAGACACUAGGGCUAAAAGUCAUGGUCAGCUUUGUAAAGUGCAUCUCACUUUUUUUCUGAAUUGUUCAUGCCCCUCUCUUUUCUUACACUAAAGAACAUCUGGAUAAGUUAGAAUAGUGCCAACUUGUUUGAUUUGUUAAAUGACUUUGUUAAUACUUCUUCAAGUAUGGGAAUAAGGGCUUUCUGUGUGUCUUGAUGCACAGGGAAACUGAAAACUGCCAAGGAAAGGAACAUCAUGAUAUCUGAGACAAAUUGAACACAUUAGAGAAAGCGAUUUCUGGAAAUUUGCUAUAAAUGAUCUUUAUGUUCGUAUCUUCUUUGUUCAUAUAUGAAUCAGAUCCAUGUGGCAUUGAAAACAAAUUUCUUUUGAUUAUAUUCUUUACAAGUCACUUUUUUUUUUUUACUUAAAAUUAUUGGCUAUGCAUGUGACUCACACAUGUGUAAUAUAUAAAUUCAGCUAUGGAAUUUUUCUCAUUUCAUUUCUACAUGACUGAACUGAUGGUGAACUGAAAUUGUAAAGAAGUCAGCUACCAUAUGGAAAAUAAGGAUAUUAGAACUGAUUUCUUAUGGUAGAGGUGAUCUGUUUAUUAUCCAUAAUGACGUUUUCUUUCACAAUAGGACCACAGACAAAUAUUUAUGUAAAUAGGUAUUUUUGUGUGAUAUUUUGUGGUACAUAUAACUUUUUUUAGUGUUUCACAGCAUUAUUAUUUCAUUUUUUUUGUAUUGAAUAAUGUUUUUAGGUCCAAGUAGACUUGAAUUAAUGUCAUAAUUGUCAGUAUUAUUGAAAAUUACGUCAGCUGUACGGUUUCAUCUGUUCCAUAGUUUAGAACAUGACCUGGCUAUCUGGCAUUGUUGCAAGUGCCUUAAAUUCAUGGCAUCCUAUUAAAAAACAAAUUUGGUGUUAUGCUGCAUGACAAAGACAAAUACACCUCAAAAUGUUGUCCUUUCUUAGCUUGCUGCGUUUUACAGUUCUUUCUGCUAACAAUUUAUAAGCCUUUAUUAUAUAAUAUUGAUGAAUUACAGAAAUGAUGAAGUUGUUCUCUUAUUUCUGUUACACGUACCAGAGCUGUGUAUCUGUUACUGAGAUACAGCGUCAUUUCUGUGAAAUGUAUAAAUGUAUGUGCAGGUCAAAUUAAUAUAUGACAUACUAUCAGUCUGUAUACAGGUAUUCCUGUUUUGCUAAGCUGUGCAGAUUCAGUUAAAAAAAAAAAACAGUUAGUGCAGUCAAGUUCUAACGUCUCCUUUUAUAGAUUCCAUUACCAACGAUCCAACUCAAAAGAAAAAUUGGAGAGUGACUGCUAACCACACCUCGUUAUGAAACCAAUGAUGAACACGUACCUUGGUGCACUCCUCAACAAAACAGGAUGCUUUCUGAGUUCUUGUAUAUGCAAAUCAUUUAUGAGGCAAGUUUUCAACAGACCUGGCAAGAUAAACAUUGGAAGUGUGUUGUUAGCCCUCCUCUUCAUCUGCCCCUGAAUUAACAGAGCUCUGGGACCUUGACCAUGACUCAGAGGUUUGGGCUUUCUGAGGAAAGGGACGUUUCUUCAAGCAUCAUCUAUCCAAUUUAUUUCAUUGUAUGAUGUUUUUACAACUGGUCAGUUCUUUUGUAUUCUUACAGCUAUGGUUGAUUGUCCUCUUACAAUUUGUUCUACAUGAAAGAGUCCUUUGUUAGUCAGAAUGCAACAACUGUCAUCAAAUGGUCAUUGACCACUUGCACUCUUUUGAUGUAGAUUAAAAACUUUUUCAUAAAAUUA